GCCAAGAAAUCGAGCUGCUUUUGGUUGAUCGGAUCGCGAUGGCAAUGGAUCCUCCUCCUCUGUUCCUGUGCCCGAUCUCGAUGGAGCUAAUGGAGGACCCCGUCACGGUGGCCACCGGCGUCACGUACGACCGCCGUAGCAUCGAGCGGUGGUUCUUCAAGUACGGCAAGACGACGUGCCCGGCCACCAUGCAGCGGCUUUCUUCCUUCGACCUCACUCCCAACCACACCCUCAAGCGCGUCAUCUCGUCCUGGCUCGACCGCGCCUCGUCGUCGAGCACGGCCGACGCGCCGGCGCCGGCACCGGCGUCGCACGUGAUGGCGAGGGACAGGCUGCCGUCGGUGCUUGCUGGCAUUGAGGAGACGCCGUUCAAGGCGACCGCGCUCAAGAACCUCAAGUCCUGCAUGGCCGGCGACGAGGCGGCGCGGGACGACUUCGUCGCCUGCGGCGGCAUUCAGGUGCUCGGCCGGAUCAUGACGCAGGCGCUGGCGGAGAGCUGCGCCGGCGGGGACUUCUCGGCGUUCCAGACGUGCGAGGAGGCCGCCGCCGUCCUCGCCACGCUGCCGCUCUCCGACGACGCGUCGAUGGAGCUCCUGCUCAAGCCGGAGUGCAUGAGGCCCGUGUCAGUGCUCGUCCAGCGCGGCAGCGCCGAGGCGAGGCUGCACGCAAUGUCCAUGAUCUCCAAGAUCUCCAGGGCCAGCGUCGGCGACUGGACCCUGGAGGUCGACGUCGACGACAUGGUCAGGGCCCUCCUAGAGCUCCUCUCCGACGGCGCCUCCGCGAAGCUCACCUCGCGCGCGCUGGACGUGCUCCUCGACGUCACGGCGCGGUCGCGGGGCGCGCGCCGCGCCAAGGCCGUGGAGCUGGGAGCCGUGCACGUCCUCGUCGAGCUCCUCCUGGAAGCCGACCGCCACGUCGCCGAGCGGUCGCUCCUCCUCCUGAAGCGCAUCUGCAAGUGCCCCGAGGGCCGGCUGGCCUUCUCGGAGCACGCGCUGGCGGUGGCCGCGGUGGCGCGCGCCGUGCUGCGCGUGUCCGGGCUCGCCACCAGGCUGGCCGUCAACGUGCUGUGGCUGGUGGCGUGCGCCGCCGCCCCCGCCGAGCGCGUGCUGGACGACAUGGUGGUGAGCGGCGCCGUGGCGAAGCUGCUGGCGCUGAUGCAGAUGGAGAGCUCGCCGUCGACCAAGGACAAGGCGGCGAAGAUGCUGCGAGCGCACGGCGCGUUCUGGAGGCAGUACCCUUGCUUCCCCACGGAUCUCAAGGAUCACCUCAAAUUCCUCAACUGAUCCAACUUCGCAGUGAUCAGUAAAAUUAAUUGACCUGUAAAGUGUAAAGUUAAUUCGGACGUGUAUUAUUUUGUAGGAAUACAGGAGAUUCAACAUGGCAUUUUGAGCAUGGUAUAUGCAUCUGUGUUUGUGUGUGUAAUUUUGAUAUCGUUUGGAACACAUGAAUUGUACGCGAAUUUCGUUGGAAUUCGACGAAAAACAACUCAAUCACGAUAGGAGAUAGUUAAAGAGAAUCUCGCAUGUUGUUUUCGUGACAUUAACUAUGCAAAUUGAGCCGUUUAUU